AUGCCACCAACUCUCUAUGUCAUCCGCCACGGCCAAGGCGAGCACAACGUCAAUGAUGCAUCUCAUCUGCGCGAUCCCUUAUUGACAGCAAAAGGCAAAGAGCAAUGCCUCGAGCUUCAACAAGCCUUUCCAGUUCCUCAGGACAUCUCACUCAUCCUUGCUUCGCCUCUGCAACGGACCAUUCAGACAGCCGCGUACGCCUUCGCGCCUGAACUAGAUGCGCGCAAUGUGUCUUUUAUCCUGACACCCAAUGCGCAAGAGAUCAGCGGAAUGAACUGUGAUAUUGGCCAUAAAGUCGAUUUCAUCCGGGAAACGGCCCCAAGACUCAUCCACGAAGCGGCUCCUUCUUGGAAGGUCGAGAAUCUGGACACAACUCUGGUCAAAGAGGACUGGAACUCAAAGAAAGGGAUUUACGCCCCCACCUUGACUUCCGUCCGGAGGCGCGCAGCCGAAUUGCGAAAGUGGAUUUGGAGUCGGCCAGAAAAGGACAUCGUUCUCGUCACACACGGAGGAUUCUUGCAUUACCUGACUGAAGACUGGACAGGAUAUGUCGUAGAGCGGGGCACCGGUUAUCAAAAUUGCGAGUACCGAAAGCUUGAAUUCACACCAGAAUCAAACGCGGAGGAGGCACAUCUCGUAGAACCCGGCAGCAGCCGGGAAAAGCAGGGCCGGGCUGCUGGCCUUGACGCCCACGUCGUCCGGGAAAUCGAGGAGGUGGAAAAUGCAAUCGAAUAG